AUCUGAAAGCGGUCUUGAGUCGAGCUGUUUUAUUGCCGUUCCGGGGAGGGCGGAGUUGGACGUCGUAACCAGGAGAGUCGUACCAACAAAGCAAAAGCUGCCAUGCCUCGAUGUUGGAUGUGGAAUGGCUGGAACUGCUGCCCUCGACUACCAGAGCAUGGCCCUGACAGCGUCCACAGUUGGUUGGUGGCCGGCGCCUGCGCGCUGUCAUCUUUCUUCGCCCUGGCAGGGUGGCGUUCAGCGGGAUUCCUAUUCGUCGCCAUAAUGGAGACCUUCCAGGUGAACAGAACUGAAGGCUCGUGGCCGAUAGUGCUAAUGACCGCGCUAGGUUACCUCACAGGCUUCAUUACGGGACCCCUGGCGCACAGAUUCAACGCUCGUCCAGUGAUUAUUGCGGGAACAGCGAUUUCAAGCGCUGGAGUAAUGCUGAGCUUUUUUGCCACAAGUAUUGGACUUAUCACGUUCACACUCGGCGUAGUACACGCCAUAGGAACGGGCAUGGUGUUCAUAGUGGCCCCUACCAUCAUCAGCGAGCACUUCGUCAAGAACGAGGGCCUGGCGAUGGGCCUCAACUUCGCCGGUGGCACCGCGGGCCUCUUCGUGUUUCCCAAGCUGCUCGAGUACCUCACCACCACCUAUGGCCUACGUGGCGCUCUUCUCAUCUUUGGUGCCGUCACCAUGAACGGGCUUGCUUUUAGCCAAUUUACACGUGCUCCAGAUCGGCGGAAAGCUGCUACUGAGGAAGAUCAAGUAGCCGCCCAGUGUCCUUCGAAACUCGUAGGUGACCAAAGGACGAACAAGCUGCGCCACGCAUUCACAGUGCUCAAAAGCCCCGUGUUUUACCUGAUAAUUUACAGCUUCAACGCUUACUGCGUGUGCUAUGAGUGCUACAUGUCGCUUUUCGUCGACUUCGCGUCUGAUCGAGGAGUCGCUGUCUCGACUGCAGUGACCGUGAUGGCGGCGGCAGGCGUUUCGGAGCUUCUUGGAAGAUUCACGCUGCCGACCGCCGUCGACCGUGCCUUAAUGACAAACAAGACGGCUCUCAUUAUCACAUUGUGUGCGCAGGCGGUGACGUUUCUUCUGUUGCCUUUCUUACACAUCCACGGACUGAUCUUCGCCGUGGCCGUGGGCAUCACCUUCAACAUCGGCACUGUCAUGGUGCUUUUUCCAGUAAUCGUGGCGUCUUACUUCGGACGCGAAAACUUGUCAGUAUCCUUCGGCAUCGUUGUGGCAUCGGCCGGGCUGCUAUCAUUUCUGAAGCCAUCCUUGAUAGGCCACUUCAGGGACAAAGUAGGUGCCUAUGACUGGCUCUUCGUCAUCUGUGGAGCUCUCAACGCUGUUGCAGCCGCUGUUUGGAUUGCUGUUAUCGCAUGGGAAAGGAAUAUUAGAAAGAAGGGCGUAGCUUGCAAUAAAAACGCACCUGCAGGUACCAUUAUCGCCGGAAAAUUUAGCAACGAACUUAAACAGAACGAUGUGAUCUAAAAGUGGUACUGUGUUUAGAAAGGAUUCACCAUUUCGCAUUUAAGCGUUGAAGUUCUGCAUAGUUUUAGGUGUGAACUACAACUACGAAACGUGUAAUGGUAAUUCAUCUUACCUCGAUACCAUUUCUUACGUUUUGGGGAUUCAUGAGGCGUUGUACUGGUGAUGAUCCGCGAAUGACCAGGUGUCUCACUAAAACAGCCAAAUCUGGAGAUAAGGUAGGCAUGGGGUGCCUGCAGAAGGUUGUAUAUUAUUCCUCUGAGUCUAGAAAAAGGAAUUUUGUUUUACCAGCAGUUGUACUGUAGGAAAACUCGA